UAGUGGUGGUGGUGUCAAUAGUUUUCAACAUCAGCAACAACAACAUACCAUAAAUAUUGGAACAAAUAAAAAUAGCAACAAUAUUGGUAUACGAAAUUCUUCUGCAAUGGCAAAUUUUUCUACAACGGCAAAUUCAAACCAUCAUCAUCAACAACAACAACAGCAGCAGCAGCAACAACAAACGCAUUCGCCAUUUACUAAUUUAACAAAUAAUCAUCAUAAUCAUCAACAAAAUUUGAUUGAAAUCAAAAGCAAAUUUGAAGCCGAAUUUCGACGAUUUUCUAUUCAACGUUCAGAGAUAACGAAUCUAGAAGAUUUUGUUAAAUUAAUUGAACAUUUUCAUAAUCUUUUUUCCAUACCAUUUUGUCUGUUUUAUACGGAUCCAAUACAUGGAGAUUUAUUGCCAAUUAAUAAUGAUACAAAUUUUGCGUUGGCAAUCGCAUCCGCUAAACCAUUAUUACGUUUGAUCGUACAAAGAAAAGGUGAAAGUAUCGAUUAUUUAAAUAAUUAUGGUAAAAAGAAAAAUUUUUUGGGAAACAUCUUACCAGCAGUAUCAUCAUCAUCUUCUAAAAAUCGAUUAGCCAUAUCGGCACCGGAAGAUUUUCGUCAAGUUUCAUCGAUUAUUGAUGUUGAUAUUGUUCCUGAAACCUGUCGACGUGUUCGUUUGGUCAAACAUGGUUCAGACAAACCGCUUGGUUUUUAUAUUAGAGAUGGAAGUUCUUUUAGAAUUACUGAACAUGGCCUCGAAAAAGUGCCUGGAAUAUUUAUUUCACGUUUAGUUCCUGGAGGUUUAGCCGAAAGCACUGGAUUGUUAGCAGUGAAUGAUGAAGUUUUAGAGGUUAACGGUAUUGAAGUUAAUGGUAAAUCAUUAGAUCAGGUCACAGAUAUGAUGGUGGCCAAUUCUUCGAAUCUGAUUAUUACGAUUCGUCCGGCCAACCAACGAGCACAUGCAGCUGGCCAUCAUAACACUCUUUCUUCAUCGUAUUCAUCGAAUACGAUUUCCAAUUAUCAUCAUCAUCACCACCAUCCUCAUCAACAACAUCCAGGAGCAUCAGCAUCAAUGGGAAUGAAUCAAUCAAUGACAAUCGAUACUAGGCAUCCACAUCAUCAUUACCAUAAUCAUCAAUAUUAUAAUCAUCCACAUUAUCAUGUAACAAGUAGUUCAGGUGUUUCACAACAAUAUACAAACAGUUUAGAAAGAUCUGGACAUCGUUCCAAAGUGUCACAAGUAGAUUAUUAUGGCAACAUGUACAAUGGUCCUAGUACGAGUAACAUGCCGAUGAAACCAGAUCAACAUCAAAUUUCAUCGUCAUCAUCAUCAUCGACGACAACAAAAACGUUCUGUCCACAUGCCUCAUCAUCUUCUUAUACGUUACAAUCACAUUCAAAUUAUCCACAUCAUCAUCAUCAUCGGACACAUUCAACAUCUGAUAUGAUUCAAGUGAUUGAAAAUGAUGAUGACGAUGAUGAUGAAGAUGAAGUACGAGAUCAUUUCAAUGCAUCUAUGAAUUCCGGUACAGCUAAUAAUGUAACUACAACGACAGCUACAGUUACGACAACACCGCCUCAAAUAUUUACAACAAAUGUUUAUACAAUUUCCAAUCCUACAAUGGUCGAAUGUAUUACGAUCGGUCCAGCAUCAUCGAAAACAUCUAAUAGUAACACUAAUAAUAAUACUACUACUAUCCACAAUAAUAAUAAUAAUAACGGAAUCAACAUUGGUCAUUCACCAUAUGUUAGUAAACGAAAUAAUUCGAGUGCCAAUACAACGACCACAAUGUUGAUAAAUAAUCAACAACAACAUUAUCAUUCCAAUAACAGCAACACUAAUGGUAAUGGAAAUCAUCAACAAACUGCCAACAACAACAAUAAUAAUAAUAAUAAUACUAAUAAUCGAACAUCGAGGCAAUCAAGCAACGAUUCUGAUAUAGUUACCUUAUGAAAUAAUGAUGAUGAUUAAUAUGAUUUUCUCAAUCAUCAAACCAAAAAAAAAAUAUGUUGUUUUGUUAAUUUUUUUUCUUUCUUAUCACUUUUCUCUCAUAUUGAUCUGUAUUUUUUCAUGAAUUAACCAAUUGCUCAUUUUUUUUCUAUAGAAAACGCACUUUUUGCCUUCACUUACCUUACUUACACACACAUACACAAUGCAAGAGAUUUGGAUUUUUUUUUCUUUUCAUUAUUCAAAUUUUAUUCAUUCACAUUC